GCGGAAGUUGAAAUAUUUAUCUCCAAAAGCACGUUGUUGAGUUUAUCUGCAAACUUUUCAAGUUUUCGGGUGUUUUCAUGAAGUUUCCAUCAGUAUAUCCAGAUCAAGUUAAAAUCGAACAACUACAGGAACUCCACAAUGCUACAUUUGUUACAGAUCAGUGACUUUGUAAGACGUUAAAGUGAAAAACAAACCUUUUCAAAAUAGAGUUAUCUCCCACUAACCUAUUUAUUUUCCCACGUGUUCAAGAACAUGGCGGUCCGGCCGCCGAUCGAGUUUUCGCCAAAUAAUGAAUUUCUGGCAUACGCAAGCCCUGAUGGGGUUUUAAAAGUGUGGGAAACAGCGUCAGGUAUCCUGAAGCAAGAAUACACCCCGAGUUCUCACCUCUCGGCGACAUGUACGUGUAUGUCAUGGAGUCGGAACACAGCAAAUCAAGCCCAACCAAAAAAGAAAAAAAGAAGAUCAAGUCUCAAAAAAUCAGACGAUCAGCACAUGAUUGCUAUGGGUACAACAAGUGGAGAUGUAUUAAUAUAUAGUAUUGUAGCUGGUAGUCUCCAAACACAGUUGACAGGUGGACAUACAGAGACAGUGAACGGGUCGUGUUGGCAUUCAGAAGACCCCAUAUUAUACACCUGUUCAUCAGAUCACCAUAUCGUUGAAUGGGAUGUUGUGAACAGCAAGGUGAAAGAAAAAUGGAAAGCUGACAAAGGGGCUGUUUAUUCUGUUUGUGUCUCGUCUAACAAAUACCUUUUAUCUGCAAGUCGGUCAAUUAAACUGUGGGACAUUGAUGGCAAGAAACAAUUGCUAAAGACAUUUACAGGACAUGCCACGGAAGUGUUCCGGUUAAUACCCAUACCAUUCUGCCCGAAUGGCAGUGCCAUGAAUGGUUCCCAUACAGACUUUUAUUUUUUGUCUGCAGCAUUAAAUGACAGAACUGUCAAUGCUUGGCACACAAACCCUGCAAACCAAGAUAAAAAUUCUUUAGCAUCAUUUUCAUUACCCGACGAGCCAGUUGUUGUAAAUAUUUCUAAGGGAUCUGGCAAGGAUAGCCCCUUAUUAUUAUCAGUGGUGACUGCUAGUGGACAUUUACUUGUUUUUGAACACACACUUAAUGGACGCAUGAAGAAACCACUAAAACCCAAAAUUCAUGCACAAAUAGCUUCAAAUAAUCAGAAUGAUGCUGUACCAGAAUUAGUUCCUAUUUUGGCUGCUCAUAUUUGUGAAGAUUUAGACAAUAGUUUAUUAAUAGCACAUGGUAGUUUUCUAAAACCUACCUUUGAAAAACUGCCAUAUGAUCCAUCUCAACCUGAAGUAUGUCUUAUUCGUGAAAGUGCAUUAUCUGCCAUAGCAGCUCCUAAAGAAAAAGAUAUGACGAAAAUAAAAAGUCCAGAUACUGCUGAUGCGACAAUGCUAGCUCCUGGUCACAUGAUGCGGCGGAAACGAAAGCCGUCGGUGGGUGAUAUGACUAUGGAGGAUAGAUUAAAUGCCAUCAGCAUCGAAAAACCAGGACAUAAAAAGAAAGACGAGCUACCGAAAGCAGAUACUUUGAUAAAUCUUCUGUCACAGGGUUUACAGAGUAACGACAAAACCCUGAUUGAAAGAGUGCUACACUAUGAUAAUCCCCAAAUUGUUCAAAACACAGUGAAACGAUUACCAGUCCAGCUUAUUGUACCAUUUAUAAAAGCCAUAUCUGUUCGUAUCCACAGCCGUCAGAGUGGUGGAGCACAGAUUUUAUUAAAGUGGCUAAAAGCUGUGCUAACUACACACACAUCCUAUUUGAUGACUUUUCAAGAAAUUGUCGAUUCAUUGAGUUCUUUAUACCAACUGAUGGAAGCGAGAGUUGGUAUGUUCUCCCGGUUGUCACGACUACAAGGUAAACUUGAUUUGAUGUUAUCACAGAUAACUUCACAGGAGCAAGAGGAGGACGAUACGUCUGUUCAGCAGACACCAUUAUUACUUUAUCACGAGGAAUCUUCUGAUGAUGAUGAUCCUAUGGAAGAUCUUUUAGCAAGUCAUUCCGAAUCUGAAAAUAAUUGGGAUAUGGAGGAUGAAAGUGAAGACGGAGAAAGUGAUGCAGAUGACUAGAGUCACCGAGUUGUGAUUUUGACCUUCAAAAAAAGCCGUGGCCUAGGCUAUUGUUAUGGAAAUUUGUUUAUGGGAAGAGAAACGAUGUAUCUACAUCGGCAUAUGUAUUGCUAACAUAAACAGUCUGUUAUUGAUCAUUAGAGACAUAAUGUGAAAUAUGGAAUGUGCUGCUGAUUGUAAUUGUGUGGACUUGACAUUACAAACCUCAUAAAAAAAACUGUCAUAAUGUAUCGGUAACUACAAAAGAUUAAUUAUUAACAUGAAACUGGUCACUAAUAAUUUAUGACUAUGUUUUGCAGAUGUUCUACUACUACUGUUGUAGUAAACUCCCUCAGCCCUCUCGCCCCACCCCCCUUAAAAAAUUAAUGUAUGUACUUUUCAUUUGCAGCUAGACAUAUCCAAGCUGCAUGAGACAAUUUUCUCCCAAGCCCCCCUCCCUUUUCAAAAUUUAAUGUAUGUACCACCCCACUGGAAAAUCAAGGUACUGCCACAAACAGGUUUAAUAGAGUGUUUACAAAUUGAUACCAUACAAUUAGGCCUUUAUACAACUGUACAAUUAAUACAUGUAACAACAAUACGUUUACUGUUAAAUACAAGGGGGUUGAAUGGUCGAAUGGUUAGCACAUGCACGCUGUAUCAUAAGGUCUGUCAUUGAGUCAACUGGCGUGGUAUCAAUUCCCCAGUUGUAUGUGACAAGAAGUAGGGUCGCCUGUCUAAUCUUGUGAGUUUUCUCCGGGUCUUAUUACCAGUAUAGGCUUGUCGGUCAUAAUUGUAAAUGUUAAAUUUGUUUGUGUGAAAGGUUGAUAAGAAUACAUCUUUACAAAACUACAUGAAACCAAAAGGCUACAUGUACAUUGUUAUAAUUUGUUCAUGUAUUGUUAUAGUAUGUUAAUGUCUUGACAGUGUCUAAACAUGAAAAACAUUCUACAAAAUUUAUAUUAUAAGGAUAUUUGAUGUUUUUAAAAUCAAACCCUUUUAAAGAAAAAAAAAUACAUCCGUUGAAGGCUUAUAUGCAAUUUUAAUGUACAAGGCCCUGUUUCUCGAAAUCUAAACUAAAGAUAAAAUCCAAAUUGUAGCAGACACUUCUUGGCUAAGCACUAAAAUCAAUCUAAUAUUAUCCAAUCAAAUUACUAAAAUUUGGAUUUUAUCUUCGUUAAAAUUUCGUGAAACUGCCACGGGUAAUAAAAUUUGUGAGUACAAUAUUAGUACAUGUUUGAUUACCUAGCUGAUUUAUGCCUCAAUAACAAAAUAAUUAUUACUGCGAAAAUGAUAGAAUAGUCAAAUCAAACUCAAAAAAAAAAAAGAAGAAAAAUGUUGAUAAUGAAUUAUGUCACUAUUUAAAAAGCCCAGAAAGUGCAAAGUCAAUUAUGUACAUGUAUCUAUAUAUGUUAUUAUUAUUAAAUAAGAUUUAAACUAAA